UUUGCUGGGGGGUACUCGGCGGUGCCGCCAUGACUAUUCUCCCCAAAAAGAAGCCGCCGCCUCCCGACGCCGACCCCACCAAUGAGUCGCCACCGCCCGGGCCGCUGCCCCCGGCGCCGCGCCGCGGCGGGGGUGUGGGCGUGGGCGGUGGCGGCUCGGGCGUGGGCAGCAGCGACCGCGACCGUGAGUCGGGUGUCGUAGGGGCCCGUCAGCGGGCCUCACCGCCGCCCCAAGGCCAGCUGCAGGGGCCACCGGGGGCACUUCACCGCUGGGCGCUGGCCGUGCCGCCAGGCGCAGUGCCCGGUCCCCGGCCCCAGCAGGGCUCACCUCCUCCUUGUGGGGGACCGGGCGGUCCUGGCGGCGUUCCGGGCGAUGCUCACGGUGCAGCGGCAGCAGGUGUAGGCGCGGCUGGCGUGGUGGUGGGCGUGGGCGGCUCGGUGGGCGUGGGCAACUGCUGCUCUGGGCCCGGCCACAGCAAGCGGCGGCGUCAAGCCCCCGGGGUUGGGACGGUUGGCGGGGCCAGUCCGGAGCGUGAGGACGUCGGCGCAGGUUACAACAGUGAGGACGAGUAUGAAGCGGCUGCAGCGCGCAUCGAGGCCAUGGACCCUGCCACUGUUGAGCAGCAGGAACACUGGUUUGAAAAGGCCCUGCGAGACAAGAAGGGCUUCAUCAUCAAGCAAAUGAAGGAGGACGGCGCCUGUCUCUUCCGGGCUGUAGCUGACCAGGUGUAUGGAGACCAGGACAUGCAUGAGGUUGUACGAAAGCACUGCAUGGACUAUCUGAUGAAGAAUGCGGACUACUUCUCUAACUAUGUCACAGAGGACUUCACCACCUACAUCAACCGGAAACGGAAAAACAACUGCCAUGGCAACCACAUUGAGAUGCAGGCCAUGGCGGAGAUGUACAACAGGCCUGUGGAGGUGUAUCAGUAUAGCACAGAACCCAUCAACACAUUCCAUGGGAUCCAUCAAAAUGAGGACGAACCCAUCCGUGUCAGCUAUCAUCGGAAUAUCCACUACAAUUCAGUGGUGAAUCCUAACAAGGCCACCAUUGGUGUAGGGCUGGGCCUGCCAUCUUUCAAACCGGGGGCUCCUUUGUCUGUGACGAUUUCUCACACUUUCAUGUUUUUGAUGGCCUUGACCGUUUUGAGGAGUACUGGUCAGUUUGCAGAGCAGUCCCUGAUGAAGAGUGCCAUAAAGACAUCAGAGGAAUCAUGGAUCGAACAGCAGAUGCUGGAAGACAAGAAGCGAGCCACAGACUGGGAGGCCACAAAUGAGGCUAUUGAAGAGCAGGUGGCUCGAGAAUCCUACCUGCAAUGGCUGCGAGAUCAGGAAAAACAGGCCCGCCAGGUCCGCAGCUCCAGCCAGCAGCCCCGGAAAGCCAGUGCCACGUGCACUUCCGCCACAGCAGCCGCCUCCAGUGGACUGGAGGAGUGGACUAGCCGGUCCCCGCGGCAGCGGUCACCCGAGCACCCUGAACUGCAUGCCGAGCUGGGCAUGAAGCCCCCUUCCCCAGGCACUGUCUUAGCUCUUGCCAAACCUCCUUCACCCUGUGCACCAGGUACAAGCAGCCAGUUCUCAACAGGGGCCGACCCAGCGACUUCCCCCCUCGUGUCCCUCUACCCUGCUCUGGAGUGCCGGGCCCUCAUUCAGCAGAUGUCCCCCUCUGCCUUUGGUCUGAACGACUGGGAUGAUGAUGAGAUCCUGGCUUCGGUGCUGGCAGUAUCCCAACAAGAAUACCUAGACAGUAUGAAGAAAAACAAAGUGCACAGAGAUCCUCCCCCAGACAAGAGUUGAUGGAGACCCAGAGACUGGAGACCGUCUCCCAACCCCACCACUCCUGCCCUCCGGUGCCGCCUCACCUUUGGCUUUCUUCCUUCUUGCCGUCUUCCUCCUUCCCUUGCUUUCCUUCUUUUCCUCCUCCCCACCUCCCUCUUGCCGGUCCAUCCCUGCACCCCCUCUCAUCGCUGCCACCACCACCAUCAUCUGUCUCUUCCCCAGCUGACGUGCCCUGUUGCCCCCUGCACAGCACCAUCCCUGCAAUCCACAGGGGACUCGGGCAAGGGUGCCGAAGGUAGGCGAGAGGCACAGAGACAAAGCAACUGGCAGCCAGGCAGCCCCUGAGAAGAGACAUUCAGACAAAAGAAAGCCUCCCUGACCCCCAUUCCUCCCAAGUUAAGAAAACCUUGUUACCCCACCUCUACAACUAUGUCAGGGAAGUGGGAGGAAGAAGUGGGGGAUUCCCCUUCCCAGAACCCUAAGAAUGUCUGAGCCUUCAAUGUUGAAUUUUUUUCUUUAUUAAAAUGUACUUUUAUCUUAUAAAAUUAACCAAUCAAAAAUGACAUAGAUAACAGCUUUGACUCUAUAAAGGUGGCAUCUCUCUGGUUUGGGGGCAGGCAGGCAGGGGGGCCCAAGGGGGCACAAAGACGUGCUGCUGUCUCUGGCCUCCAGCUCUGUGGAGAUGGGCAGGGUCUAGAGUAUGAGCCAGGGCGGAGUAGGGGGCCAAGGGUAGCAGGUGUCCUGUGGGCUUCGGACAAUGAAACUCUGACCUCACUGCAUUCCUAUUGCUUCCAUCACCACCAGUAUCUGUAAUCUUGGGGUGGGGGCACCUUUGAGGAUUAUAGCCGCCACUCAGGAUUUGAGUGUGGGGAGUGGGAGCAGCCUUGGCAGAUGGGGCACUUGUCCCCUGCAGGUGUUGACAAGAUCCGCCAUCUGUAAUGUCCUUGGCACAAUAAAACCAAAUGUCAGUUUC